AUGGUAGAAGUCUUCAUGGACGAUUUCUCAGUCUAUGGAGCAUCCUUCUCCUCAUGUUUGUCUAACUUGUGCAGGGUGUUGCAGAGGUGUGAGGAGACAAAUCUAGUACUCAACUGGGAGAAGUGCCACUUCAUGGUUCGAGAAGGGAUUGUGCUUGGACACAAGAUUUCCGAGAAAGGGAUCGAGCUCGAUCGAGCUAAGGUGGAUGUCAUGUUGCAGCUUCCUGUUCCCAAGACUGUGAAGGACAUAAGGAGUUUUCUGGAUUUUGAGUUUGAUGAAGAAUGCCACAAGUCUUGGACCUUGCUGAAGGAUGCUCUGGUAUCUGCCCCAAUAGUUCAAGCUCCAAACUGGGAUCACCCAUUUGAGAUUAUGUGUGAUGCAUCUGACUAUGCAGUAGGAGCAGUGCUUGGCCAAAAGAUAGACAAGAAACUCAAUGUCAUCUACUAUGCAAGCAAGACUAUGGAUGAUGCUCAAUGCAAGUAUGCAACCACAGAGAAGGAGCUCCUUGCCAUAGUCUUUGCCUUUGAGAAAUUUCGAAGCUAUAUAGUUGGAUCCAAGGUGAUUGUGCACACUGACCAUGCUGCCCUUAGGCACAUCUUUGCUAAGAAAGAUACAAAGCCAAGACUUCUCAGAUGGAUCCUUUUGCUUCAAGAGUUUGACAUAGAAGUUGUGGACAAAAAGGGAGUAGAAAAUGGAGUUGCUGAUCAUCUCUCUAGGAUGCGAGUUGAAGACAUGAUCCCCAUCAAUGAUUCUAUGCCUGAAGAACAGCUUAUGGCAAUCAUGAUCUUGAAGGAGAGUUUUGAUGAGAAAGUCAGGCUGGAAGAAGUUAAGGCUCUGCGUGAUGAGAAUUUGCCAUGGUAUGCUGAUAUAGUGAACUUCAUGGUGUCCGGAGAAGUCCCUAGUAGUUUUGAUGCUUACAAGAGGAAGAAAUUCUUCAAGGAUGCUAGGCAUUACUAUUGGGAUGAGCCUUACUUGUACAAGAGAGGACCAGACAGCAUUUACAGGAGAUGCAUAGCUGAAGAGGAUGUACAAGGAGUUCUAGAGCAUUGCCAUGGGUCAGCUUAUGGAGGUCACUUUGCUACAUUCAAAACAGCAACUAAGGAAAGGAGGGAUCACCAAGAGGGAGAGAUGCCACUAAACCCAAUUCUAGAAGUUGAGAUCUUUGAUGUAUGGGGAAUAGACUUCAUGGGACCUUUCAAACCUUCCUCAAACGGGCACAACUACAUUUUGGUUGCUGUGGACUAUGUGUCCAAAUGGAUUGAAGCCAUUCCCUGCCCAACCUGUGAUGCCAAGGUUGUUAUCAAACUGUUCAGAACCAUCAUCUUUCCAAGAUAUGGCAUCCCAAGGGUUGUUAUUUCGGAUGGAGGUUCCCAUUUCAUCAACAAGGUGUUUGAGAAGUUGAUGAAGAGUUAUGGAGUCAAGCACAAGGUCGCCACGCCUUAUCACCCUCAAACCAGUGGGCAAGUUGAGUCUCCAACAGACAGAUAA